AUGUCUUCAAAUAAAAACAAUGAUACACAUGAGUUGGAGACAUUGAUGUCUUCAAACACAAAUGAUGAUACACAUGAGUUGGAGACAUUUAUAGACAUUGAUGUCUUCAAACACAAUAAUGAUACACAUGAGCCAGAGACAUUGAUGUCUUCAAACACAAUAAGAAUGCACAUGAGCUGGAGACAUUGA